GGGCAUUGCAAAUUCAAUAAAAAAAGAAUCUUCUUACAAAAGAAUUUUUUUUUACAUAAUUCUUCCUCUUCUGGCAAAAGAAAAUGUGCUUUUGUAAUAACGGAAAAUUACCCAAAAAAAACAUUUUCCUUUCCUAUAUAAUAUUCUAAAUUUACUUGUUGGACGUAUUUUCACAUGAAAAAUCAUCCACAUACGCAACAAAUCAUCAAUCUCGCCACACUGAAUACUUUGAAGAUCAUGGGAAAAUAAUGAUGAUCUUUGUUUGCAAAAACAUGCGCGGAAAAUGAAGAUUUUCGGUAAAUAAUAAUAAAAACGCGCGAGACUUUGUGUGUGCGCCGCGAGAUGAGCCCCAUUGUCCAACAGUUUAGUUGAGUGAAGACGACAUUUUCCAAUUUCAGAGAUUUUUCUUUUCUUCCCACUCCUCUAUAGGCCUCUAAUGGUCAAAUAAGAAGAGUGAGAGAGGCGAGUAAUUGUGGUGGGAGAUGGUGCAAUCAAAGAACACAUCAGCCAAUCUAGAGGCUAGUUUUGGCGUACGACUCCUAACAGCGGGCACAGCAGCAUGUAUUGCGGACUUUGUCACAUUUCCCCUGGAUACGGCAAAAGUGAGACUUCAGAUUCAGGGUGAAGGACAAAUCCGUAUUCCACUGAGUACAGCUACAGCAAAUGGGGCUACAGUGGUGAGCGCAGGAGCUCCACCACCAGCUGCUCAAUAUCGCGGUUUGGUUGGCACAGUCAGUACAAUUGUUCGUCAAGAGGGUUUCAGAGCACUGUACAAUGGCCUCUCAGCUGGUCUGCAGAGACAAAUGGCCUUUGCUUCGGUGCGCCUUGGGGCCUACGACAGCGUUAAGAUGCUGUAUCAGCGUGUACUGCGUGAAAAUCCCGAAGGUUUGCAGAUCUUCACGCGUGUCCUCGCGGGUUUCACCACUGGCGGAAUGGCUGUGAUGCUGGCACAACCCACAGAUGUCGUUAAGGUGCGCUUCCAGGCACAAAAUCGCACAACAGCAUCCCCCAAUAGUGUCCGCUACCGCAGCACCUUGUCGGCGUACAGAACAAUUGGCCGCGAUGAGGGUGUACGGGGGCUGUGGAAGGGAACCCUGCCCAAUGUGGGGCGCAAUGCCAUUGUCAAUGUGGCGGAAAUUGUAUGCUAUGACAUCAUUAAGGAGUGCCUGCUCAAGUACACACCCAUGGAGGAUGCAAUUCCAUGCCAUUUCACAGCUGCCGUGAUUGCGGGCUUUGCCACCACCGUGGCUGCAUCACCCAUUGAUGUGGUUAAGACGCGCUACAUGAACUCCAAGCCAGGGCAGUAUCGCGGUGCCAUUGAUUGUGCCAUCCAAAUGGGACGUGGUGAGGGAGCUUCGGCCUUCUACAAGGGCUUCGUGCCAUCAUUUGCACGUCUCGUGUCGUGGAAUAUUGUUCUCUGGAUCACAUAUGAACAACUCAAAAUUCUCAUCUUCAAGCCACCUCGCAAGGAGUGACGUCAUGACGCCUUUUUUUAUUCUUUCUAUUCUAGGGAUGAUUUAAUAAUAAAAUUCUGAGAAAAUCUUUUUUUAUAUAAA